AUGAACGAAAGUUUUGGAAUAAUGGAUGAAGGAUACUUUAAGUCAAGUGGAUAAAUAUUAAAAUGGAUAAAUGAUUUAUUAAGAUUAAAUGUAUCUAAAAUAGAAAGCUUAGGUUCUGGAUCAGUUUAUUGUUAAGUUGUUGAUGCAAUUUUUCCUGGUAAAGUGCCUUUAAGUAAAGUUAAUUGGAGGGCAAAAUUAGAUUAUGAAUUUGUAACUAAUCUUAAAAUUUUACAAAAUUGUUUUACUAAAUUAGGAAUAAAAAGAUAUAUUGAAGUAGAAAAACUAUCUAAAUGUAAAUAUUAAGAUAAUUUAGAAUUUAUUCAAUGGUUAAUGAGAUUUUAUGAAGUAAAUUGUAAUAAAUCUCCUGAAAGUUACGAUGCUUUGGAAAGAAGAAAAAAUGUAGAACCGGAUUAUUCUUUUGCUGAAAAAUAAGUUAUUGUUAAAUUAUUUAACUAGCCUUAAUAAAAUCAAUAAGAUAAUUAAUAACCUGCGAAAAGUUAGGCUAGAAAACCAUCUACUUAAGUUAAACAACUAGAACCUGCAUUAUAUAAAAAAGUAGUUAAUAAUACUAAUGCUAAUAUAAAUGUUUAAAAUACUUAAGUUAUUUAAAAUAUUAAAGAUAUUAUUUAAAAUUAAAAUAUUUCUGAUUCUGAAAAAGUUGCAAAAAUUGCAAAUCUUCUCAAGAUUGAAUCAAAUUAAUG